AUGCCCGGUAAAAAUCUUCUCGUCUCCGGCCUCACCGCGGUGACCAAUCAAACCGUGGUAUCCUACGAGGAAUAUUUGGAAAAAGUGAACGAUUCCUCUUUCCUUUUCCAAAAAUUAAAUUCCGACGCCCUUCAUCAAUCCCAUCUGGUUGGCGGCGUUGUCUCGACGGAUGAAAAUGAUUUGGCUCAGUUUUGCACGUUUUGUUUUGUUAAAUUAAACAUGAAUAUUUGGUUGACAGCUUCGUCAGAAGUGAAAAUUCAACACCGAGAAGGUAUUCCGGCGGAUCAACAGAGACUAAUAUUUUGUGGCAAGCAACUCGAUGAUGGCCAUUCACUCAACAAUUAUAACAUUAUGCGUGAUUCCACCCUUCACCUUGUUCUCCGCCUUCGCGGUGGUGGUGGUGCAAUGAACUACUUCCUUAGCCCCGAACUCCUGGAUCCUGGUUAUGAUUACGAUUUCACUGGUCUCGACGAUACGGGAAGUACAUUUAUGAGAGGUCAAUUUGAAUAUCGUCGUCCCUGUGGUUGGAAACGUCAUGCACUGAAGGUGCUCAACAAGUACGACAAUGAUAAUAAAUGGCUUGGCGUGACUAGCUCUCGUUUCCGUUACCACUCAGCGCCCGACGAAUGGCCCGUUUCUUACCACGGAACCUCCAAACAUCUUGGUCACACCAUUGCUGAAGAUGGUUUUCGUCUGAGUAAAGAGCAGGGUGUGCAGUUUCCCUACUCUCAGGGCCUCUACAUGUCACCCGACGUCAAUGUGGCCGACAAAUAUGCCGAAACUUUCAUUCAUGACGGCGUUAGCUAUAAAAUUAUUUUCCAAAACCGCGUCAACCCCGACACCCUGUCCAUCCUCAAUACCAAUCAAGGAGAUUACUGGAUCAGCCCGAGGGGCACGGAUGUGCGCCCGUAUGGUAUCUUGAUUAAAAGGGCAUAA